AUGGAGAAUGGACGGAUAUUAUUACUAGAGCUCGUUGGCCGUUGCUUUCAUAAUGGCAGAAGUAAUCCUAUCCGCAGCUUCUCCACAAAGGAGCUCGGGAGAGCAACAAACAACUAUGAUGAACAACAAUACAUGAGUUUCAAAGAUAUUGUGAUCGGUUCACAAAUGAGUGUCCACAAGAAUGUUUUACAGCUUUUGGGAUGCUGCUUAGAGACUACACAUAUAACUAUAGUUUAUGAAUUUGUAGGCAAAAAAACCUUCUGUAGCUGUAUUUCUUCUGAUAUUAGUGGACCACAACAUCAACAACUACCAUGGAAAUGCAGGUUGAAAAUUGCAAGAUUAGCCAAUGCAGUUGCAUAUCUCCACACUGCACUUUCCAGACCUUUUAUCCAUCCAGAUAUUCGAUCUUCAAAUACCAUACUAGAUCAGGACAAUGUUCCUAAGCUGAUUGAUUUUUCACUGUCUAAUUCUAUUCAUGAAGGUCAAUCACACGCCCUUAUGGGCUACUUAACUGAGAAGGCAGAUGUCCAUAGCUUUGGAAAGAUUCUAUUUCAGCUUUUACGUGGACAAAGGCCAUCAUAUUACAUAAAUGUGGAUUCUAUAGUGCUAGACAGUGUAAAGCACUGGGUAGAAAAUAAUCAGUUCAGCAGAGUAGUUGAUCACAGAAUAGCCAUAGAAGGAAUUGAGCAGGAACAGUUGCUGGAUUUUACAACACUAGCCCGUGAAGGAGAAGAAAGGCCGAAAAUUAUCAAGCUUACAGGAAAGAUGAUGAGGAGUGAAAGAACCAAAACAAACAUGCUUAGAGUAGAGAAAGAGAAGAUGCAAAUAGCUCUGGCUUGGCCAUAUGUCUUUCAUGCUUGCAUCGCAUUCUUUGCAGAUGACCUAACAAACAUGUACAGCAAGAGCCACAAUAACAGCUUCAGACGCACACAUUGCCGAGGAAGGCAACAUCAGCGACAUUACAUUCCUUCAAGAUUCAGAGAUGUUGCUCGUCAAAAGUCAUACGAUGUGAUUGAUAAGAUCAUAUAUUGCAAGUAUGUCUAA